AUGGAUGUUAGCAAGGAUCAAGCCAUCACUAACCAAACUACUGUUUCAGAGUUUCUGCUUCUGGAAUUCUCAAAAGUUCAGAAAUUACAAAGUCUACACAGCAUCCUGUUCCUGGUAUUGUAUUUGGCAACUGUCACAGGGAAUCUUUUAAUAAUCUCUGCAGUAGCCUUUGACCACCACCUGCAUACACCAAUGUAUAUCUUCCUGAUGAACCUGGCCAUGCAGGACCUGGGCCAGGUUUCGGUCAUUAUCCCCCAAUCCAUGGCCAAUUCCCUCAUGAAUACUACUCACAUUUCUUAUUCCGGAUGUGUUGGUCAAGCCCUAUUCUUCACCUUCUUCUUAUCUACUGAUUUUUUCCUCCUCAUAGUCAUGGCCUAUGAUCGGUAUGUUGCUAUCUGUAAUCCACUGCAAUACCAGGUGGUGAUGAACAGGAGAGCCUGCACUGAAAUGAUCCUUACUGUAUGGAUCACUGGGUUUCUUUAUGCAGGUUUGCACACUGUCAGCACUUUUGCAACUCCUUUCUGCUCCAAUGUUGUCAAUCAGUUUUUCUGUGAAAUCCCACAGUUAGUAAAGCUUUCCUGUUCUAAGAAAAAUCAGAUUGAAACUGGAGUUCUCCUCUUGUUUUCUCUCAUUGGCUUAGGCUGUUUUAUAUUUGUUCUUGUGACAUAUGUACAGAUUUUUAGUGCGGUGUUAAGGAUGACAUCUGCACAGGGAAGACAAAAGGCCUUCUCUACCUGCCUUCCACAUCUCAUGGUAUUCUCCACAUUUAUGGUCACAGGCUUGUUUUCCUAUUUGAGUCCCAUGACUAAUACAGCAACACAUUUAGACUUAAUUUUUACAGUGAUAUAUUCCAUGGUCCCACCUUUGCUGAACCCACUGAUUUACAGCAUGAGAAACAAAGAGAUCAAGGCUGCUUUGUCUAAUUUGUUAAGACUAAGGACCACUUCCAAUAAUAUAUUAUUUAGUUUUCUUCUCUGUGUGUGGAUUUAA